GCAGCCGCAGCACCUGAGCCGCUGCUGCCGCUCGCUCAGAACAACACUAUGGCUGAGCCUGGGCACAGCCUCCAUCCCUCUGCCAGAGGCAGGGGAAGAACUGAGCCGCGCACACUCCGGCUUCUGUGGCUGCUGCUCUGGGUUGGGACCACCUUCCAGGUGACUCAGGGAGCGGGACCGGAGCUUCACGCCUGCAAAGAGUCUGAGUACCACUACGAGUACACGGCGUGUGACAGCACGGGUUCCAGGUGGAGGGUCGCUGUGCCGCAUACCCCGGGCCUGUGCACCAGCCUCCCUGACCCCGUCAAGGGCACCGAGUGCUCCUUCUCUUGCAAAGCCGGGGAGUUUCUGGACAUGAAGGACCAGGCGUGUAAGCCGUGUGCUGAGGGCCGCUACUCCCUGGGCACAGGCAUCCGUUUCGACGAGUGGGAUGAGCUGCCCCAUGGCUUUGCCAGCCUCUCAACCAACAUAGAGAUCGAGGACAGCACCACAGAUUCCACUGAGAACUGCACUUCGUCCAAGUGGGUUCCUCUGGGUGACUAUAUCUCCUCCAACACGGAUGAGUGCACGGCCACGCUGAUGUACGCCGUGAACCUGAAGCAGUCUGGCACUGUUAACUUUGAAUACUACUACCCAGACUCCAGCAUCAUCUUCGAGUUUUUUGUUCAGAAUGACCAGUGCCAGCCCAAUGCAGAUGACUCGAGGUGGAUGAAAACCACAGAGAAAGGAUGGGAAUUCCACAGUGUCGAACUAAAUCGAGGCAAUAACGUCCUCUACUGGAGAACCGCAGCUUUCUCAGUGUGGUCCAAAGUUUCUAAGCCUGUGCUGGUGAGAAACAUCGCCAUAACAGGAGUGGCCUACACUUCAGAAUGCUUCCCCUGCAAACCAGGCACAUACGCAGACCAGAAGGGCUCCUCUUGCUGCAAACUUUGCCCAGCUAACUCUUAUUCCAAUAAGGGAGAGACUUCUUGCCACCAGUGUGACCCUGACAAAUAUUCAGAAAAAGGAUCGUCCACCUGCAGAGUGCGGCCAGCCUGCACAGACAAAGAUUACUUCUACACUCACACGGCCUGUGAUGCCAGUGGAGAGACACAGCUCAUGUACAAAUGGGCCCAGCCGAAAAUCUGCAGUGAGGAUCUGGAGGGGGCAGUGAAGCUGCCCGCCUCUGGCAUGAAGACCCGCUGCCCACCCUGCAACCCUGGUUUCUUCAAGACCAACAGCAGCAGCACCUGCGAGCCCUGCCCUUAUGGCUCUUAUUCCAAUGGCUCCGAUUGUAGCCACUGCCCAGCGGGGACCGAACCUGCCGUGGGAUUCGAAUACAAAUGGUGGAACACGCUGCCCACAAACAUGGAAACGACCGUCCUCAGUGGGAUCAACUUUGAGUACAAGGGCAUGACAGGCUGGGAGGUGGCUGGUGAUCACAUUUAUACAGCUGUUGGAGCCUCAGACAAUGACUUCAUGAUUCUCACUCUGGUUGUGCCAGGAUUUAGACCUCCACAGUCAGUGAUGGCAGACACAGAGAAUAAAGAGGUGGCCAGGAUCACGUUUGUCUUUGAGACCAUCUGUUCUGUGAACUGCGAGCUCUAUUUCAUGGUGGGUAUGAAUUCCAGGACCAACAGUCCCGUGGAGACGUGGAGAGGUUCCAAAGGCAAACAGUCCUAUACCUACAUCAUUGAGGAGAACACUACCAUGAGCUUCACCUGGGCCUUCCAGAGAACCACUUUUCAUGAGACAGGAAGAAAGUACACCAAUGACGUCGCCAAGAUCUACUCCAUCAAUGUCACCAAUGUCAUGGAUGGCGUGGCUUCCUACUGCCGUCCUUGUGCCCUGGAAGCCUCUGACAUAGGCUCCUCCUGCACCUCUUGUCCUGCUGGCUACUAUAUCGAUCGGGAUUCAGGAACCUGCCGCUCCUGCCCCCCUAACACAAUCCUGAAAGCCCACCAGCCUUAUGGCGCCCAGGCCUGCAUGACCUGCGGUCCAGGAACCAAGAGCAACAAGAUCCACUCCCUGUGCUACAAUGACUGUACCUUCUCAGUCAGCACUCCGACCAGGACUUUUGACUACAACUUCUUGGCUUUGGAAAACACCGUCUCUCUGGCUGGAGGGCCAAGCUUCACUUCCAAAGGGCUGAAAUAUUUCCACCACUUUACCCUCAGUCUCUGUGGAAACCAGGGUAAGAAAAUGUCCGUGUGCACUGACAAUGUCACUGACCUCCGGAUUCCUGAGGGUGAGUCAGGUUUCUCCAAAUCCAUCACAGCCUACGUGUGUCAGGCAGUCAUCAUUCCCCCGGAGGUGACAGGCUACAAGGCCGGAGUGUCCUCGCAGCCUGUUAGCCUCGCAGAUCGGCUUAUCGGGGUGACAACAGAUAUGACUCUGGACGGAAUCACCUCCCCAGCUGAACUUUUCCACCCGGAGCCCUUGGGAAUACCGGACGUGAUCUUCUUUUAUAGGUCCAAUGAUGUGACCCAGUCCUGCAGUUCUGGGAGAUCAACCACCAUCCGCGUCAGAUGCAGUCUGCUGAAACCUGCUCCUGGAAGCCUGUCGCUGCCAAGCACAUGCUCCGAUGGGACCUGUGAUGGUUGUAACUUCCACUUCCUGUGGGAGAGCGCGGCCGCUUGCCCACUCUGCUCGGCUGCUGACUACCACGCUAUUGUCAGCAGCUGCGUGGCCGGGAUCCAGAAGACUACUUAUGUGUGGCGAGAACCAAAGCUGUGCUCGGGUGGCAUCUCCCUGCCUGAGCAGAGAGUCACCAUCUGCAAAACGAUAGACUUCUGGCUGAAAGUGGGCAUCUCUGCAGGCACCUGCACUGCCAUCCUGCUUACCGUCUUGACCUGUUACUUUUGGAAAAAGAAUCAAAAGCUAGAGUACAAAUACUCCAAGCUGGUGAUGAAUGCUACCCUCAAGGACUGUGACCUGCCAGCAGCCGACAGCUGUGCCAUCAUGGAAGGCGAGGAUGUGGAGGAUGACCUCAUCUUUACCAGCAAGAAGUCACUCUUUGGGAAGAUCAGAUCAUUUACCUCCAAGAGGACUCCUGAUGGAUUUGACUCGGUGCCACUGAAGACAUCCUCAGGAGGCCCAGACAUGGACCUGUGAGGGGCGCUGCCCUACUUCACCUGCCUCCUCACCUGGGCACAUCACCUUGCAAGCCUGUGGCAAUGUGGGUGCCAGUUUCCUGCAACACCCACUGCUGGAAAUCUCUUCGUUGUGGCCUUAUCAGAAGAAGUUUGAAUUUCAGAUCUUUGUUUUUUUAUAGAGUACCCAAACCCUCCUUUCUGCUUGCCUCAAACUUGCCAAAUAUACCCACACUUUGUUUAUAUAUUACUCCCUUGCUUGCAUCUUGUUUCCCAAAAUGGACCAGCCAUCGGAGCCAUAGAUUCAUCUGCUCAUCUUUCUUAUAGCUCUGGAACAAAAGUAUUUCUCUCUUUUUUAAGUAUAGAAAUUCCUUCCCCUGUCCUCUUACUUAAGGGCACAAGCAGCUGGGAGUCUCCCUGAUCAUGUGCCCUCAGCUCGUGAUCUCUUUAGGAGAGAGGCUGGGUGAGGAGGGUACUGGCAUCCCCUGAUGAACCGUCUUCACGGUUGCCUGGAUUCAUCUCUCCUGGAUAACCAACUCAAGCUGGUAUAGUGGAUAGGCUGAGGGCCAGAUGAGUAAGCCCUGGGUAAGAAAGGGCUUGAUAAGCACAAAGAGGCAAUAAAGGAAGGUUUUAUUUUGUUUUUUAAACUGGGGACUUCAUUCCCUUUUCUUGAGUAAGCUAUAACUAUUCUCACUGGAGCCAAAGGAAAAAGUUCAUUGAGA